AUGAAUUCCGAAUCUUUCCCUGUUCACGAGGCCGCUCGUGAUAAUAAACCUUUGAUUGUGGAAGGGCUUCUUGCCGAAAACGGCAAAUUGGCUGUUUCCAAGGACUCCGAUGGUCGUACUCCUUUACAUUGGGCGUGUGCCAUGGGGAACGAGAAGAUCGUGGACUUGAUCUUGCCCCACAUGAAAAACGUUGAUAUCGACGAUUUGGUCGAUGAUGGCGGCUGGACACCUAUACACAUUCUUUGUGGUGUAGGUAACGAGCCGGUGCUAGACAAACUCAUGUCACAUGAGCCCCAGCCAGAUAUCAACCUUGCAACGACCACGGGAGUCACUGGGCUCCACAUUGCCGUGAGUAAGAACCACUACGAAUUGGUGAAAAAGCUUCUACAGCAAUACAAGGCGCUGGCACGUGCCAGAGACUCUCGGGGUCAAACACCGCUUCAUCGAGCUGCAGCCAUUGGGAGCGCUGUGGAGGUGAAGCUUUUGGUGGAGGCCAAGGCUAAUAUCAAUGCCACGGAAAAAGACGGGUGGACGCCCUUGCACCAUGCUUUGGCCGAGGGCCACGGUGAUGUCGGGGUGCUUUUGGUGGAAUUGGGUGCCAACAAGGAUGCAGAGACAGGGUCGGGAGAUAGACCGGCAGAUGUGGCGCCCGAGGGUGUCAGACGGUACUUUGAAGAGAGGACAUAA